AUGGAUCACUUUCCUGGAACCUGGGGUCGUCCUAGAGAUGACGUUUAUGGGCCUUAUGAUCACUCAUAUCUCAAGUCAUCCGGACCCAAAACUCAUACACAGUCGCCAGCAGUGACGGGAACCUCGGUUGUUGCAGUGAAGUUCAAUGGAGGUGUAGCGAUGGCCACAGACAACCUAGCAUCCUAUGGUUCUCUCGCUCGAUUCACUGACGUAAACCGUAUCCGCACUUUCGAUGAUUCGGCCAUCGUGGGCUUUGGUGGUGACGUGUCGGACAUGCAGUACAUCGACCGCCUGUUGGGCUCUAUCCAGAUCCGAGAGAACUACUCAGCUACCGGCAGCACACUCAAUGCCAAGAACCUACACACCUACCUUUCCAAGGUCUUCUACAAACGCCGAUCCGAGAUGAACCCUCUGUGGAACCACAUAUUGGUCGCAGGUUUCGAUAGCGACGGCAAACCAUUCCUCAGCUCCGCUGAUUUGCUCGGAACUACCUACAGCGGGCCUCAUCUUGCAACUGGAUUCGGUGCUCAUUUAGCGGUCCCUAUCCUUCGUCGUCUGUUCCCGGAAGAAAUACCGAUUGAGAACAUCUCAAAGGAGCAAGCAAUUAAAGCUUUGAGGGAUUGCAUGAAAGUCUUGUUCUACAGAGAUGCACGAAGCAUGGACCAAUACACACUUGCCGUCAUCACCCAGGAUGGCGUCGAGAUCAAGGAUAAAGAAAAGUUGGAACAGCAAAGCUGGCAAUUUGCCGAGACCAUCCGUGGAUAUGGCACUCAAGUGAAUUAG